AUCAUAAACUCAACCUGUGUGACCAUAACAACCGAAUGUACACAAGCUGGAAGAAAGCAUGGAGCAUGAACCAGAAGUCUUGAAGAGAGUCUGCUUUGGCAGUACACAGGAAAGAAAACACUUCCCUUAUUACUGUGCCCCAGACCGCCUGGGCAAUGAUCUUUCCCCUAUCAGUGGAGCUCCAAACCGUGGACCUGGAUGUUACAAGUAUGAGGAGGUUACCAGCUUAGAAUAUAUUCAAGAAAGAAGACCUACAAGUAAGAAAGGUUACAUAAUGGGAGCCAGGACAGCGCCACGCUUUCCAAAAGACAAUAAGCUGCAAACGCCUAGUCCCGCAGAAUAUCAGGCAUUCUGGUCCAGAGAACAUGCAUUCUCACCAAGCUAUGCGCCUUUUAACAUCAAAGCUGUACGAUUUCCAGAGAAGAAGACGAAUAUCAUUUUAAACCCUAGUCCUGGGACAUACAAACAUGAUACAAAGCAAGGCAGGAAGGUGUCUUGGCCAGGAAGAUUUGGAUCACCUGAGUGGACAGGAGUGCCAUCUCUGGAAAAGAGAACCCUGAGGUCAGAGCUUCUAACGGACAAAGAAUUUCGUAAGACUAGAAAUCGUGUGGCAUAUCUGAGUCUGUAUUACAAUUAAAUGGAUCUGAACUAAAGUCACAGUCUUGUUUCAUGAUUAUUAAAUGUUGAUACAACAGCUCAACAUUACACAGA